AUGUUCACGGGUGUGACAAAGGGCUUCCGCUUCAAGAUCCGCUUCGCCUACGCGCACUUUCCCAUCUCCGUCUCCGUGGAGGAUCAGCUUGUGGAGAUCCGCAACUUCCUUGGGGAGAAGCGCGUUCGCCGGCAGCUCGUCGCCGAUGGCGUCAAGGUCUACCGCACGGACCCCUCCGUCGUGAAGGACGAACUCGUGCUGGAGGGCAACGACCUGGAGGAGGUCUCGCGCGAGGCCGCCGUGAUGCACCAGCUCUGCCUGGUGAAAAAGAAGGAUAUCCGUAAGUUCCUGGACGGCAUCUACGUGCAGACCAAGACCCACGUCGAGGUGGAUGAGUAG